UAAUGCUAGAUUAAUGUUAGUAUUUUACAUCUGAUUACUCAUAUCAAUUCUUAUGUCAUAGAAUAGAAAAGCGAAUAUAUCCUGCACAUUACAAAGUCAAGAAUAGAUUAAUAAAUUCAUUCUUAGGAAAGAUUCAGAUAAAACCUAUGCCUUUUGAAAUUGUCUCUAUUACAAACAUGACUAAUGUUAGCAAACAUAUAGCUGAAAGUGAGAUAAUCUAUGAAAAUGCUAAGACUAUAGACGAUUAAGAAAAGACUUAAGUUCCUCCAAAUGAAUUGUGGGAAAAAGCUAAGCAAUGUUGUAAUCUCUUAGAAAACUCGAAAGUAGAGGCUUAGGAUUUAAUUCGUGUGUCUCACCUAUAUGAUUAAAUUUUAGAUAUAUUACAACCCCCAAAACCUAGAAAUGUGUAUUUUAUCUCACCUCACAACUCUGAUACAGAGAUCAAACAAAAGAAACUGGUAUACAAUCCAGAGGCACUUAACAAUCUUAUCAAGAGACUUAGAUCUGGUAGAGUACAAUCAUAAACCAGAUCUUUGUUUCGAUCUACAUAGAGAAUGCAAACAUCAUCAAUAGGUAAAUAGAUUUAAAAAACUGAAUUGAAUGAAUAAUUGAGUGCUCAAGCACUUAAUUUUCUAAAAUAAUUAAAGAAGAAGUAAUUGAAUAAAUGA